CCAACCUCACCGAGGGCUUGUUGGCGGAAAGAUAAAGCAGCAGGUGAUGGCGUGAAACCAGAUAGAGAUGAGUUGAAACCGGACUGCUCAGAUACGAAACAGCUUGCUAGUAGCCUUGGGGUUUGAGUCGCGUCAGUAAUAGCCAUUACGCGAAGCGAGCUUUCACUGUUCUGAGCCAAGUCCGACAUUCAGUGUGGCAGUCAAGUCAGGCUGACGGUAGAGUCAGCCUGACGGUCAGAUCAGCCUGACGGUCAAGUCGGCCGGGCAUGGGUCGCUCGGAGGUCCAUGGCGGGUGGGUGUACGAGGUCGAGCGAGACCCGUCGGGCGCCUGUCAGUGGCACACCGUCUCGCCUCUCCCUCCCACUAGUGCCGCGCCGCGGGAGAUAAGCUCGCACGACAGCGUUCUUAGCAGUUCUGGCGGCAACGACAGCAGACGAAGCAGAAGCAGAUGGACAUUCGAUAUCCUAUCGAAGCCAGUUUUUGCUGUCGUCAUUGUCGGUCUCGCCGUCGCUCUAACAUCCUCGCAACCCACCGCAGCGGUCCAAACAGUUCUGGGUGUUUUGGCUGCUGCAGUUGUGCUCAGAACUGCCCUGCGCCGACUUUUACCUAGCAACAUGAAGCAUCAAGUGACGGUGAUGAUCGUGCAGGGCCUGGGAGUGCAGAUAGAGGUGGUGCAGGUCGCCACGGCGGGACAAACAACCCUUAGGGCAUCUCACCCCUGCAAUCUCAGUGGCGGUGGCAGCAAUGGUGGUGGCAUGGGGGGGAUGCAGGCAAGGGUGGUGCACAGGCAGUUAGUACCGCUGAGCAUGAUAGCAGCAGCAACUAUCACCGAGAUCGUCACUCCCACCAGCUGCCACUUCGCCCUCGUGCUGCUGCUCGCUGACUCCGACCAGCCUCUGCCAGUCUUCCAGCAUCUCAAGCCCCCUCUGCCUGUGCUGGUUGGCGUUCGAAGAGCCAUAGAGAGCUGCCUAACGUCCUGAACCCUGAAUCCUGAUGCUCUCCUCUUGAAAAAUAGUUGCGGUGUAUAGGGAAAUCCAGCCCCAUGUGUGCACCCAUAAUCCGUGCAUGCUUCAGGCGCAGAAGCUGCUGUACAAAGUUACUGUAUGUG